AUGAUGCGGGUUUCCAGAUGUUGCGGGCCAUGCUCCGGAGUAGUGGCAGUUUUUCAGCUUUCAAAUUCGGCCAUCAUAUAUAUAUAUAUAUAUAUGUCCAGAAGCGAACUUCUUUCUGGCUCCAUCAAGACGUCGUAUUUGGAGGCGCUGCCCGAUAUCGGCUCGUACCCGAUCUGUGGCGACGGCGCGGGCGACGGCGUCCAGAGCGAGUGGGAGCUUGUGGCAGCAAUCUGCGCUGUGCGCUGUCUGAUCCAGCAUGGGCUGGCAGAGUGCGAAGUAGUGCUGUUUGUAGAUUGCAAUCCAGCCCUGCAUGCGCUGGUGCGCGGCGCGAGCCGGCAGAGUGAUUUAAAUGAGGUGAUAACCGGCUUCUGGUUUGCAGUGGCGCGCGCUGGCGUGCUCCUGCAUGCGUUCCGCGCCCCCAGCAAGUUAAACAUUGCUGACGGCCCAACGCGGCAAGAGACUUGGGACAGAGCCGUCUCCGAAUUCCACAGCAGAGGUUUCCGUCAGCUGCAGUGGAUGUGGCCGCCCGCACUGCCUUGGUCAAUUUAG